AUGAAGGAGGACUCACCAAUUCUCUACCCAAACCAGCAGGUUGGAGAGCGUGUUGGCAUUUAUGCCAAAGAACACUCGACGGGCAUUCCAAAGCAUAUCAUCGACUACCAUGAACAUAUCCGGGUGUCCAUGCCGGACACGGCAAACUACAUGAUUUCCAUCUCCCAGGCGCAGGCCAUGUCCUUCCUUGCAAAGACUGUAGGGGCAAAGAGAAUCCUUGAAAUCGGUGUCUAUGUUGGUCUCUCCAGUCUUGUAUGGAGUAACGCCGUUGGUCCCGAGGGGAAGAUAACAGGGCUAGAAUUCGACUCUAAAUUCGCCAAAUUGGCCGAGGAGGCCUUUGAGAAGUAUGGCGUGAAAAACGUAGAGCUGGUCGUGGGUGAUGCGCUUGAGACCCUCCCAGCUCUCACACCUACUGAACCAUACGAUAUGAUCUUCAUUGAUGCCCAGAAACGUGGAUACCCAGCGUACCUCGACACUAUUCUGAAGGCGUCCCAACCUGGCUCCCAGAGCCGUCUACUCCGCCCCGGUGGAUUGAUUAUCGGUGACAAUACCCUCAGAUGCAGCUUUGUGGCUGAUGACAGUGAAGGUAACCCCUGGCGUCAGUUUGACUGGGGCGAACACCGUCGCGAAUACUGGAAAUCGGAGGAUAUCAUUUCCUUGCGGGCAUAUAAUGACACCAUCACGAAGUCAGACCGCCUGGAAAACUGGCUUUGUCCGCUUUGGGAUGGUGUAAACAUCACUCGACUGCUGGAUUAG